AUGCUGGGCUCCAAGAGUUUCCAGAACGGCUGGGCCAAGCUGUUGGCCUCGCUAUUCUUCCUCCUUGCUGCUUCUCAGCUUUGCAUCGCUGCACCCUACACCUCCCAGCUCGCUGUUCGCGAUGAUCAGCAUCUCUACGCCAGAGUCAAAACUCCUGAGCUAGAAGCCUACGAGAGCAAGCUCGACGACAGUAAAAAAGCUAACACAUACGUCAACCAAGAUGACACCAAGUUUGUAGACUUCACUGCUGCUGGAAAUCACGUCGUUGGAAGCUCAUCCUUCGCUGGCUGCUUCGGUGUUAUCCUUGCGACCAAGCAAGGUGCCAUUGUCGCCCAUUACAACCUUGACCAGAAUGGCUUAGACACAGCCAAGGAGAAAAUUACCAAUUUCUACACCGAGCACAACGACAAGGUUGGAGGCGCUGACGCUCAUCUUUACUCUGCCAUAACCUAUGAGACUGGAGCGCUUGUUGAGGAAAACCUGUACAACGAGUACAAGAAGUUUCUCAAGGAUCUUGUUGGAAAGGAGCCCCAGGACCAUCACUACACUGAGGCUCUUGAGACUGUUUCUGAGGAGGAUCUUGACAACGAUAACUGGGAUCCGGAUGCAGUGAGCGGUGGUUUCGUCGUGGAGAACCCUGGCGGUGGCACUGCCGAUACCAGUAUCUUCUUCAUUACAAUUGAGCGACAGCGUGUCAGUGCUCAGGGACCUGGUAAGUGA